AUGGGGAAUAUGUUUGCAACAUUAUUCAAAGGCCUUUUUGGCAAAAAAGAAAUGAGGAUUUUAAUGGUAGGCCUUGAUGCAGCUGGUAAAACCACAAUUCUGUACAAAUUAAAAUUAGGGGAAAUUGUUACAACAAUUCCUACUAUAGGCUUCAAUGUAGAAACAGUUGAAUACAAGAAUAUAAGUUUUACUGUAUGGGACGUGGGUGGUCAAGACAAAAUCAGACCUCUGUGGCGACAUUACUUUCAAAAUACACAAGGACUGAUAUUUGUCGUUGACAGUAAUGAUAGGGAACGUAUUGGUGAAGCGCGUGAAGAAUUGAUGAGAAUGUUAGCAGAAGAUGAACUUAGAGAUGCAGUACUUCUUAUAUUUGCUAAUAAACAAGAUCUCCCAAAUGCAAUGAAUGCAGCGGAGAUUACCGACAAGUUGGGGCUGCACUCUCUCCGCAAUCGUAAUUGGUACAUUCAGGCAACGUGUGCCACAAGUGGAGAUGGACUUUACGAAGGCCUUGAUUGGCUCUCCAAUCAGCUCAAAAGUGCCAAUCGCUAA